AUGGUUGCUACAGAUACACUCGAUGAUGAAUUCGCUGCCUUCCGUAACGAAUCAAACGUUUCAACAGAGCAACGUGUAGUUUAUUUCAUCAAUGCCUUGAUUGUUUCAAUGGUUCCAAUUUAUUUAUAUCAUGCAAUCUUUUUCAUGUCAUUCGAUACCUACGUUAUUGUCUAUGGAUCAGUAACUUUAUUUGCCGCAAUUGUUUUGACAUUUGCCUAUAAUAAUAUCUACAGAAUCAAGAGACUAAAGUUGUCUGCCGCCAGAGAUCACACCAUCACCAUGUCCAAGGGUAACAAGUCAGUCGUCGACAAGAAGGCUGUCUAUGCCGCCAAGAAGGAGCGUCAAUCAGUCGUCACCUCACACGAGGCCAUCGCUCUCUCAAUCAUGCACAACAACGCCAUCUUCCUCAUCAGCACUUUGGUAUUCUCAUUCGUCAUUUUCAAGAAUGUACCACUUGUAUACAACUACAUCACCUCUGUCUCUUUGGCUGCCGGUGUAACCACCUUUUUGUCCACUGGUUCAAAGCACAACUAA